AUGCUGUCCAGAGCUGUACGACCUGCCUUUGCGGCCGGCAACGCUGCCGUCGCAAGGACGGCUGCCCCCCAAGUCGCCGGCUAUGCCACUCUACGCGAAAUCGAGGGCCGACUGAAGUCGAUUCGCAAUAUCGAGAAAAUCACAAAGACGAUGAAGAUCGUUGCUUCGACCAAGCUCACCCGCGCUCAAAAGGCUAUGACCGACUCCCGACGUUAUGGCCAGACGUCCAACCAGGUGUUUGAAGAGGCCGAGACCAAGCCUUUGGAGGAGAAGAAGACACUGCUGGUGAUUGCCAGCUCGGACAAAGGUCUCUGUGGUGGUAUCCAUUCCGGCCUCACACGCGCCACUCGCCGCAUGCUCGAAGGGGAUUCUGGCCUCGACCUCGCCAUUGUCGGCGAAAAGUGCAAGGCUCAGCUUGGUCGCUCCAAUGCCAAGAAUGUCGUGCUCAGCUUUGCUGGGAUUGGCAAAGACGUUCCCAGCUUUGCCGAUGCGCAGGCUAUCGCCGACCAACUUGUCUUGCUCCCAGAAGAGUAUGCGAGUAUCAAGAUUCUUUACAACAAAUUCGUUAAUGCUCAGAGCUACGAGCCAACGAUCAUCGAGGCGUAUUCAGAGGAGGCCAUCACCCAAUCUCCCAAUUUCGCCGCAUUCGAAAUUGAUGACGAGGUGCUUGCCAACUUGAGGGAAUAUUCUUUGGCCAACUCUCUUUACUGGGCUCUGGCGGAAGGACAUGCUUGUGAACAAUCUGCCAGACGGAAUGCUAUGGAUAACGCCUCCAAGAACGCCGGAGACAUGAUCGGCAAGUUCACCAUCUUGUACAACAGAACCCGACAGGCGGUUAUUACCGGAGAACUGGUCGAGAUUAUCACAGGUGCCACUGCGUCUGAAGAUAUGUAG